UGUAUUCAUCAAUUAAUACAUUAAUAAUUAAAUUAUUAAAUAAAACGUUUGUUUCAAACAAUAUAUGAUUUAAAUAAUUCAAACAAACAAUUGAUUUGAUUUUCGUGUGAUAUUUGAUUGAAUGCAGUGAUUGAUUGGAUAUUAAAAAAAAAUUCAGUGAAAAACACAGAGACAUGUGAUUACAGUAAUUGCAAUCAAAAUUGAUUACAUAUUAAUUAAUUAAUUAGUAUUUUAAGACCCAAUUGAUUGAACUAAUCAUUUCUUGUCUUCUCUUGUCGAUCGCCGACAACAUCCACAACACAAUCACUUUGUCUGUCAUGUCGUUAACAGACGUCACCCAAACCAUAGACAUCCCGUUGCCCGACGAGACGUCGUCGUCGCCCGCAAUCACUGACCACAAUGUGACGAACGCAUUGAACAAUACAAGCGCUGUUACGAUGACCGCCGCAAAUGGUGGUCAGAUGGCCGUCAAUAAUGCGGCGAUGGCUCACCAACAUCAAACUGCGGCCAAUGCGGCGAUGGCCGCAAUGAAUUACUAUCAAAACUAUUAUUCGGGUUAUUAUUCACCCGCAUAUCAACAACAAAUGCAGCCACAAAUGCCACCCCACGGCUAUCCAUACGCCUAUAUGCGGCCACCUGUCGGCCAACCAAUGGUUCCAAUAGUACCACAGAUGCAUAACCUAACGCCCAAUAUGGCAGCCAUUGUCAACAGUACUAACAAUUUGGUUAACAAUAAGGCCAACAACAAAACAGGUGACUUUAAGCCGACUACUACUCCCGCAGCCAAUAAUUCCAACGCCAAUAACAACUACAACAACAAUCAUAAUAAUGUUGACGACUCGGAUUCGGACUCUGACCCGACUGUGGCCAAACACGGCUCAUCGACUAAAGCAUCCAAUGUUUUGCCAAUUCAUUGUAAUGAGAAAAUGGGUUUAAAUCCAUUGAUCUUUCAAAACAUACAGCAGAGUCCAUACUUUAAAAAUAAUUUAUUUCAGUUAAAGACUUAUCACGAGGUGAUCGACGAAAUCUUUUACAGUGUCCAACAUCUGGAGCCGUGGGAGAAGGGAUCGCGAAAGGUCGGCGGACAGACCGGAAUGUGUGGUUCGGUGCGCGGCGUUGGUGCCGGUGGUAUAAUAUCGACACCUUUUUGUAUAUUAUAUAAAUUAUAUACUUUAAAACUUACCCGAAAGCAAGUGAACGGACUUAUAAGGCAUAAGGACUCGCCAUACAUACGGGCGCUCGGCUUUAUGUACAUACGCUUUACACAACCGCCGCCACAUCUAUUCAAUUGGUUCGAACCGUUUCUCGAUGACGAAGAAGAGGUGGAUCCGAAAGCAGGCGGCGGACAGCCAAUGACUAUGGGACAGAUGACUCGGCAUAUGUUAUCAAAAUUAGAUUGGUUUUCCACACUAUUUCCCCGAAUACCUGUUCCCGUACAAAAAGAAAUCCAAAGCAAACUUAGACAACACGACGAAGAAUAUGAACAACAGUUACGCGAUGAGAGAGGAAUAGAAGAUGGAGAAGUAGAAGAUGAAGAAGAAGGUGGCGGUGGUGAAGAUGGCGGCGAUUAUGACCGAAGAGAUCGACGAAGACGCGAUCGCAAACAGCGUUCACCUGAACAACAACGCGAAAGACGUCAUUCAACUGAUAGACGCCGUUCCCGUUCACGCGAUAGAGAUCGUCGGUCGAGAUCUCGUGAUGACAAACGAUCGUCAAAUGAUAAUAAACACAGACAUCGACGCUCAAAGUCUCCGCAAUCGCCUCACUCUCGCCGUCACAGAGAUGAUCAUCGAUCCGACAGAAGUGGUGAUCACAAACGAAAACAUCGAUAAAAACAGAAAAGAAAAAAAAUGUUUUUUAAAUCUUAUUUUUUAGUAACUUUUAAAAAUAAUUUCAUCCUAUUUUAUAAUAAAAAACAUAUGUAUCAUAUGUUUAUCUAUUUCACACAAAAUUUA